AGUACAGUAAGUGGAGCUGCCUCAGUUUCUCAGGGCUCGUCUCGAGGAGAUGAGUAUUGAACUGUUUGUGGUGCCAUAAUUUCAGCGUACGGUCUUGCUUGUGAGAGACGGUUAAUGGAUCUGGAAUAUACAGAAGAACUGCGAGAAGUCAGAGAUUCCAUAAUGUCAUCAUUCAAUGUCCCGGAGGAUCAUUUCCAGUGUCCGAUCUGUCUGAAGGUCUUCAGCGACCCGGUCACCACACCUUGUGGUCACAACUUCUGCAAGAUGUGCCUCAGCGAGCACUGGGACAAGAGUGACUUGUGCAGCUGCCCGACGUGUCACAAAAGAUUCUACGUGAGGCCUGAGAUCUCCACGAACAUGGUCAUCGAGGAGAUUUCAGUCCAAAUAAAGAAGAGGAAAGUCGAGACGCCAGAAAGCGCUGAUGCACCGUGGCAGGUGAGGUGCGAUGUGUGCGCAGAAAUGAAGUUCAAGGCCCUGAAAUCCUGCCUAGUGUGUCUGACGUCAUACUGCGAGACCCACCUUGAGCCGCACCAGAGAGUUCCCUCCCUGAUGAGACACAAGCUUGUCGACCCGCUGGAGAACCUGGAGGAGAGGAUGUGCGAGAAGCACGAGAGGAUCCUGGAGCUUUUCUGCAGGGAUGAACGGGUGUGCAUCUGUCUGCUGUGCAGCGAGACGGACCACAAGUACCACGAGAUGGUGCCCAUUGAAGAAGAAGGGGCUCAACAGAAAGAAAAUAUUGAGUCCAAGAAAGCAAAUAUCAAGUUGAUGAUUGAGGACAGAAUGGAAAAGAUGAAGGAAUUCACAGACUCUUCUGAAAUGAGCAGAGAAAAAGCAAAUCAAGAGAUUGAUGACAGUGAAACACUUUUCAAUACUCUGAUGGAUCAUGUACGAGUGGCACACACUAAGCUCAAAUCAAAUAUUGAUAAGAAGCUCAGAAAAUCCCAAGAGAAAGACGAAGCGAUGAUCGAAGAGCUGCAGGAGGAGAUCGCCCGACUAGAGAGAAAGCACUCUGAGCUGGAGGAGCUUUCACAAACUGACGACCACCUUCUUCUUCUGCAGACUUUGCAGGCCCUGCGCACCAUAUCAGACACCAAGGACUGGUCAAAGAUCAGGGUUUACUCAGACAUGUGCGUGCAGACGCUGAGGAGAGCCAUGACUCAUCUCGUUCACACGUUCCAAUCAGAACUGAAAACUCUGACAGACACGGAACUGACCAGGAUGAGACAAUAUAAAGAGUCGGUCACCUUCGACCCCGACACGGCUGGUCAGUUCCUUGUGGUGUAUGAAUUUGGGGCACGUUUGAAGUACAACAAAAUGGCAAAUCUCUCAUCGCCUGAUGAUAACUUAGAGAGGUUCGACGGUCCCAUGGCUCUAGGGACGAAGGGCUUCACCUCUGGGCGACACUACUGGGAAGUCGAAGUGGGCAUGAGAACCGACUGGGACGUCGGUGUUGCCAAGGAAACAGUAGACAGAACAGGGAGCAUCACAGUGAAAAAAGAAAAUGGCUUCUUCGCCAUAGGAAAGAGGCGUUCUGAUUAUAGAAUUCAUUCUACACCUUACACGGUCCUUCACCUGUAUCCCAGGCCAAAUAAUGUAGGUGUGUAUGUGGACUAUAAUGAAGGCAGAGUCUCUUUCUACGAUGUGGAUAGGAAGGUGCACAUUCACUCUUUCACGGGAGAGUCUUUCACGGAGAAGCUGUUCCCGUACUUCUAUCUGUACAGCUGGGCCAAGAAGUCAAAGUCUUUGCUUAUUACCUAAAUGUAAGAUGAAGUGUUUCUUCUUUCUCAUAUUCGCUCCUGCCAAAAAGCUAAAGAAUAAUUAACCAGUAUAAUAAAUGUGAGGUCAAAACUCACAACUCCCAUGACGUCGUCCAAGAUUAAACCAUU